AUGCGAGUGCAGGCGGGCUUGGUGUUAUUCCUACUUGGAGCAGUCCUAAGUGAUCGUUUUGUUACUGGAAAGGAUCAGACGGAUAAAUCAUGGAUAUUCCAGCUGAAGAAACUGCGCAGUGAUCUACAUAACUGCUAUCAAUCUGGAGUCUAUCAAAGUCUGUGGUCUUGUUUCCGCUCAAAAAGCUUACACCUCUUCGAGGACGUAAUGUCUGCUCCAGAGAUUUCAUUAUACGAUGGAGUACGUCUGGUAUCUGCACCCAAUGUCACUGAUAGCUCUUCAAGACCCCAAGAUGAGCGGAAGGAUCUAAAGCAUCUUACCUGGUUUGAUCAGCUAGCUGUGAGUUUGGCCAAGGGUUUAACCACCCACACAUUGCAAGUGAACUUGGGAAAACUUACUGAGCGAUAUCUAAACAGUGAGACUUCUGACACCGACCCUGUGGGAAGUGCCCGACUGAGACGACAUCGUUAUAACAUGAUUAUCACCAUGAUGUUUGGGGUCACCGCUUUGGGAGCUAUUUUGGUACCCAUGGGCUUCCAAAUGCUGUCUAUAGUGAGCGGUAAAGCACUACUGUUGGCCAAGAUGGCCCUGCUCUUAGCUUCCAUCAAUGGAUUAAAAAGGGUGGCCAACAAUGGACUACAUUAUGGACUUUACCAUGUACCAGGAGAGCAUUUAGGAGGUUACUAUGAUAGAGGCGAUGUAAACCACCCUAGAAAUGUACCCAUUCCGGUGGCUGUUGCACCUACUUUAGAUAUGGGAUUGAAAUAG